ACUGUCACCAUACCUACAUCUUAAACAGCAGUUCACUGAUAGAGGGCGUAUAUCUGAUACAACCUGUAGACUACCCAGAACCAUUUGCAGUGUAUUGUCAGAUGACUGAUACUGGAGUGUGGACAGUUAUACAGAGAAGACAAGAUGACACUGUAGAAUUCUAUAACCAAUGGCAGGCGUAUAAAUGGGGGUUUGGUCAACUAACUGGUAAUCACUGGUUAGGAAAUGAGAAAUUAUUUUAUAUUUUAAGAAGUGGUGUAUAUAAAUUACGAGUUGAUUUAGGGGACUGGGCGGGUAAUACCAAAUAUGCAGAGUAUGAUUUUAUGCAGAUUGGUAACGAAGAGUCCAAAUAUACGCUGUCAAUCGGUGAAUAUUCUGGUACUGCUGGGGAUUCUAUGAGUUAUCAUGAUGGUAUGAAAUUUAGCACAAAGGAUCAAGAUCAUGAUUUAUCCUCACAUUGUUGUGCAUGUGAUUCAAGAGAAUAUGGCCGUGGUGGAUGGUGGUAUAAUGCUUGUAAGCAUGCUAAUUUAAAUGGUCCAUACAUCAAUUCUAAUGGUAAUAAAGUUACCCAUUUAUAUUCAAUUGCCUGGUACCAUUGGCAUGGACGUUACUAUCCACUUAAGAACACCACAAUGAAAGUACAAAGAAUACAUCCUUGA